CUUGCAGUGUUGACAUUCACGUGAGGGUAGUCUCUGGGGUAGUCUACUUCAAAUGAUGGGAUCUGUAGUAGGUUAAGUUACAAUACAAGUUUGGACUUCAGUCUAAAUCAAACGCCUUCUAGAGUGCUCGUGUCAGUGCAACAUUUACCUAAAUUGAACAUGUUGCUUUACGCUUCAGCAGUGUAUUGUAGUUAACAUCACCGUCUGUGUAGUCUUGUGGAAUCUUAAUUUGAUUAGGUAGGAGGCUAACAUGGUCUCUAUGGGUAACAUUGCUUUUGUGCUAGCUACCUAAAGUUUGCUGCGUCUUUGCCCUGCAUAUUUUGAUUCUAAAAGGGCUAAAUAAUGUCUCUGCUGGAGUCGGAGUCGGAGGAGAAUACCCCGCUUCUGAAAGGCGACGUCGACAGUGAUGAUGACGCGUACAAGAACAGGUGGAGGUCCAUUCGGGUCAUGUACUUCACCAUGUUUCUCAGCAGUGUUGGUUUCACUAUUGUGAUUACAUCUAUAUGGCCUUUUCUGCAGAGGAUUGAUGCCACUGCAGACGGCAGUUUUCUUGGCUGGGUGGUGGCGGCCUACAGCCUGGGUCAGAUGGUGGCCUCUCCCCUUUUUGGCCUCUGGUCCAAUCACAGGCCCCGCAGGGAGCCGCUGGUCUGCUCCAUAUUAAUCAAUGUCUCGGCUAACAUCUAUUAUACGUACUUGUACCUGCCUUCAUCUGAGAACAAGUACCAUAUGCUCAUGGCGCGAACAUUUGUGGGAUUCGGGGCAGGUAAUGUGGCGGUGGUGAGGGCAUAUGUCGCUGGAGCCACGUCACUGAAGGAGAGGACAAGUGCCAUGGCCAACAUGAGUGCAUGCCAGGCUCUGGGCUUCAUCCUUGGCCCAGCUCUGCAAGCAGCUCUAUCAGUGAUUGGCGAGACCGGCUGGUCUGUGGACCUCAUUCGCUUGGAGUUCAACAUGUACACCGCUCCAGCCCUGCUAGCAGCAUGCUUUGGCAUCAUCAACAUCCUCCUGGUAAUCCUGGUGCUGAGAGAACAUCGUGUUGAUGACCACGGAAGGCAGAUACGAUCAAUCAACUAUGUCUCAGAGGAACGGAUGACCGUUCCUUUAGAUGUUGAGGGGGACAUUGACCAGAUCGCUGUGGUGACCUCCAACAUCCUGUUCUUCAUCAUCCUCUUCAUAUUCGCCGUAUUUGAAACUAUAUCCACACCUUUGUCGAUGGACAUGUUUGCAUGGACCAGGAGACAGGCCGUUUUGUAUAAUGGGAUUAUACUGGCCUGCAUUGGCUUUGAGUCCAUCCUGGUCUUCCUCGCAGUGAAGGUCAUCUCCCAGAGGGUUGGGGAUCGGCCAGUGCUUCUGGGAGGUCUUGCCAUCAUCUUCUGUGGCUUCUUCAUCCUUCUUCCCUGGGGCAACCAGUACCCCAAGAUUCAGUGGGCAGACGUCCACAACAGCAGCCGUACCCAGCAGGUAAUCGACACCGCAGCGUUGGCGCCCAACGCCACCGUGGAGUACACAGGCUGCCCGGCCGAACAGUCCUGGUGCCUGUACACGCCCGCCAUCCACCUGGCCCAGUACAUCAUCUCCAACUUCCUCAUCGGAGUGGGCUUCUCGGCCUGCAACGUCAUGUCUUACACGCUCUACUCGAAGAUACUGGGGCCUAAGCCACAGGGUGUGUACAUGGGCUGGCUGACGGCGUCGGGCAGCGGUGCUCGGACCCUGGGCCCGGUGUUCGUGUCUCAGGUGUACACGCUGCUGGGCCCCCGCUGGGCCUUCAGCCUCAUCUGCGGCAUCGUGCUCUCCGCCACCCUGCUGCUGGCCGGCAUGUACAAGCGCCUCAUCGCCUUCUCCGUCCGACACGGACGCUUACUGGAGUGACGGAGUGGGGAAAGGACGGGUGGAGAGAGCACGAGAGAGAAACGAACGGAUGGAUGGAUGUGUGGAGUUGUGAUAUGAAUGGAUAGGGACCUGAUGAGACUUUUUAAAUCGUUUUUUUAAGCUCUUGUGCGAGUUGGUUUUAAUGUUGUGGGACCUCUACUUCUUGUUCUGCUCCUUUGAGACUUCUACGUUUGAAGCCUGAGAACGUUGUGCCGUUACUGACUGUAAAAACGCACUGAAGAAACACUAAGUAACGGGAAGGUAGCAUUGACGGCUGCACAUUCCCAAUGGACGGUUCCAAACUGAUAUUAAGCUGGGUUAACGAGCCGGUUUGUUUCUUGGUGUUUUGAGCCCCCAACGUUGUCUUCAAGGCAGCGCUGCCUGGAAGGCGCUAGGGUUAGGCAUGGGUUAAGGUUAGGGUUAGGGGUAGGAUGCCUUUAAGUGCCUUUAAGUCAGCAGUGGCAGCGCUGCCUGGAAGAUGACGUUGGGGGCUCAAAACACCAUCGAGCUAACGGUUUGAUUAUUGCUAUCUCCUCAAAUUACUGAAUUUAAGUGUGUGGGAUUUUGACUAUUAUCAAGCAAGCAGACAACACUCUUAUGUUCAUUGACUAGUUACAAUUCACCCCUGAACAUGCUAGAGAAUUCACAUACGCACAUUUUUAGGAUAAAACAAUGUAACAACUGCUCUGCUUGGCUCCUAAAAAGCCAAGGCUAAAUGAGUGAGAUGGGUUUGAAAGCCCAACAUCAAGGUGUUUGGAUUCACUUCCAAACCUCUGUAAUGACUCAUAUCUCUCACUGUAAGACCAAUGAUUGAUAUACAGGUAUGGUUUACUUGUUCUCAGCUCUGCUUGUACUCACUAACACAUCUGUAAUUGUGCAUAUGUAUGUGAAAACAAAUUGUUAAUAAUAUUUAAUUACAAGGGGUGCUAAUAUGACCAAGUUGUGCAUAUUUGCAAUGCUAAUGUUUGCACAUCAUCUCCUGAGACUCGCCUGUAUUUGAACACAGUUUGUACAGUAUUUUCUGACAAGUAAACAAUUCUAAAAUAGUACUUUAAAUAACAUUUUAUUGAAUGUCCAGAGAACUCAACUGUAAAACACUGGUAACAAACUUGGAGACAAGUUUUAAUUGGGUGGAAUGGGCCAUUAAUACAGUAUAUGACAGUACUGGAUAUUCAUUGUGUGUAUUAAACACUUACCAUGGUCA